UAUCUUCUCUGUUUUAGACUGUUGCCUUAGUAAGCGAGAGGGUCCAUUUUCGUCCGUUCGUUGACCGACAAAAAGUUUUUGAUUUCGACUAAAAUGAGGGAAAUCGUGCAUCUGCAGGCUGGCCAGUGUGGCAACCAAAUCGGAGCUAAGUUCUGGGAGGUGAUAAGUGACGAACACGGCAUCGACCCCACCGGGACGUACCAUGGGGACAGCGACCUGCAGCUGGAGCGGAUCAACGUGUAUUACAACGAGGCAACAGGUGGCAAGUAUGUCCCUCGUGCAGUGCUGGUGGACUUGGAGCCUGGCACAAUGGACUCUGUGCGGUCUGGCCCCUUUGGUCAGGUGUUUAGACCAGAUAACUUUGUCUUUGGCCAGAGUGGAGCAGGUAAUAACUGGGCUAAGGGCCACUACACCGAGGGAGCUGAGUUGGUGGACUCAGUCCUGGAUGUUGUGAGAAAAGAGGCAGAGAGCUGUGACUGCCUCCAGGGGUUCCAGCUCACACAUUCCUUGGGAGGAGGCACAGGCUCUGGUAUGGGAACGCUGCUCAUAAGCAAGAUUCGAGAGGAAUACCCAGACCGCAUCAUGAAUACUUUCAGCGUGGUGCCCUCACCUAAGGUGUCGGACACAGUGGUGGAACCUUACAAUGCCACCCUGUCUGUCCACCAGCUGGUUGAAAACACAGAUGAGACCUACUGCAUUGACAAUGAGGCUCUGUAUGACAUCUGCUUCCGUACUCUGAAACUCACCACACCCACCUAUGGCGAUCUCAAUCACCUCGUCUCAGCCACCAUGAGUGGGGUGACCACCUGUCUGCGCUUUCCCGGCCAGCUCAAUGCUGAUUUAAGAAAACUGGCCGUCAACAUGGUUCCCUUCCCCAGGCUACACUUCUUCAUGCCUGGCUUUGCCCCCCUGACUAGCCGAGGCAGUCAGCAGUACAGAGCACUGACUGUUCCUGAGCUCACCCAGCAAAUGUUUGAUGCCAAGAACAUGAUGGCAGCUUGCGACCCACGGCACGGGCGUUACCUCACAGUUGCAGCCAUCUUCCGAGGCCGAAUGUCCAUGAAGGAGGUGGAUGAGCAGAUGCUGAAUGUCCAGAACAAAAACAGCAGCUACUUUGUGGAGUGGAUCCCCAACAAUGUCAAAACGGCGGUCUGUGACAUCCCUCCGCGUGGCCUCAAGAUGGCUGCCACUUUCAUUGGCAACAGCACAGCCAUUCAGGAGCUGUUCAAACGCAUCUCUGAACAGUUCACCGCCAUGUUUCGUCGUAAGGCUUUCCUCCACUGGUACACGGGUGAAGGCAUGGAUGAAAUGGAGUUCACAGAGGCUGAGAGCAACAUGAAUGACCUGGUAUCUGAGUACCAGCAGUACCAGGAGGCCACUGCUGAGGAAGAGGGAGAGUUUGAAGAGGAGGGUGAAGAAGACAUGGCCUAAACACAUACUAUGAUCUUUUUCCUACUAUGCAACUGUUAAGACUGGACUUGGUUCAAAUGUAUUCAGUAAUCCAACAAUUUCAGAUUUUAAAAAGAUGAGUUUUAUUUACAACUGUAAAACAAACAAACAAAAAAAAACUUCUUGUCCAGCCUUAACAGGAGUUCAAAUAUGUUCCCAGAACUUGGCUUUUAUAUCUUAAAUGUCUUGUCUGUUUUAUGUUGUAAGUUCUUGCGUCCUGUUUUAAAUGUCAGUGUUUUAAAGUUCUUGAUUUCCUCUCUGUU